AACCAAAGCACUUUAGAGGCGUCCAUUCACGUUCCACCCAGGCAGGAGCGCGCAGACUCAACGUCGGCUCAGAGACGCACUUGUAGUGACGGUGGCUAUAUAAGUGCCAUUCAGCAUCUCCUCUUUAAGUAACUAGAUGCUUGUUUCUUCAAAGAAGUGAAAGAGGGCGGCACCUCACCGAAUACCUGGCAACCUACACGGCUGUAGGCGACUGGACUACCUGCAGUGAAGAUUCCAGCUGAUAUCCUGACAUGAAGCUCAAUUUAUUUGGUACCACCGUGAUUCUGCUUGUUGCCUUCUUACCGCGCCACGAAUGUCGGGCUAUUGAGAGCCCAGGCGGCACGCUGCGCGUACCAGCUCCCCAAGCCCAAAACUCCCAACAGCAGCCUCAGCACCAGUCUGGUCCUAUUCUGGAGCGCCUGGGAGAGGAGUAUUUCAUCCGACUGGGAAACGGGGACUCGAACUCAUUUCCAGCCACGUCCUUGUAUCCCGGCGGAUCAUCUUCCAUCUUCAACAGGGCGCUGCAGCUCCAGCUGACGCGGCGCCUCUUGCAGGGGAAAGUUGGGAACAUCCGGGCGCUGAUAAGCGGCUUCGCAGGCCCCGGAGACGAGUCGAUGGAGAGGGGAAGACGGUCCGAGGACCCACCGAUCUCCCUGGACCUGACCUUCCACCUGCUCCGGGAGAUGAUGGAGAUGUCCCGGGCGGAACAGCUGGCGCAGCAGGCGCAAAACAACAGAAGGAUGAUGGAGCUGUUCGGAAAAUGAAGACCUCAUUCCAACCCGCCAAAGAUCUCAGUCUCCUCAGUUUUUAUUUAUUUUUUAUUUAUUUAUUGUUCUUAGCACAACAACGUGCCAUGUGCAACAUAGUGCUGCUUUUUCACUUCAUGAUUUCUAGCUUUAACCUGAAAUUAUGGAGCAUAAACGGACCUGAACGGGUCAAGUUUCACAUCUUACAACACAUCUUUGUUUGAUUUCCAUAAACAGGAAAUGGUAUUUUGUUUUAGACCAUAAGAAUCACUGUACUUAUGACGUUUAUGUUUGUUAAUAAACUUAUGUGCAAACAGAAA